AUGCUGUCACCUGUCAAGUUUGAUAAGGUUUCACACACUAAAGCUGCCAGUCCCCGGCUAUCGACCCUCACUCAUUUGCCGUUGCUUCGCAACCCGCUCCUCAACAAUAUCUUCAACAACCCGCCCAGACACCACUCCACCAAAUUCAAAGCCAUUGUUGCCAGUCUAAGCGAGCUACACGCUCAAUGCAUCGUUUUAGUUCCCCCGACAGAAACCCUCAUUCACUCUCGAGAUUCGAUUUCGGGGAAGCCGUACCAUGAGUUGAGCUACAAUGAGGAUUUCAUCUCUUCCCACAUCGCCAGACCGUCUCCUGUUGCUAAUGAUCCCACGCCAGGGAGGUUUACAUCUGCAACCUCUCCCUUGUCCUACACCACGCUUAAUGGAAAAACCAUCCUCGUCAAGGGGGACCGUAUCUUCAAGCUCAGCGGGUUUAGGGUGGACGCCUCGAGGCCCAGCUCCCUCGAAGACCCAGUGUUGGUCACUCACGUGGACUUGUUCCCGAACUUUGCUGGUUACUUCCCGAUGGGUGCUUUGUUCCAGGUGAUGCACAUUUCCGAGCCACUUGACGGCAUCCCUGUGAAUCUGAAGCGGGUCUACGUCAAGCAAACCAUAUCUGAGAGUACGGUGACUGUCAAAAGCCCCACCUCUUCGCUCCGCAAGUCUACCGAUAUAAGCAUUGAGUCGUUUGAGACGAUUCUUCGGCGCUACCCCUUGAUCACCAAAUUUGUUGGAAAGGAGUACACUAGUCUCUUUGAAAAGUUCACCUUAAAGCCUCCGAUGCCAGAGGAUACAGAAGCGAUGUGCGUGGCUCAGCUCGAGAAAAAGUUCCUAACUACAUACAACCAAGCGUGCUACAUCUUCAACCAAAAGGUACCAGUAUCGCUUCUUCGGGAGGUUGUGCGCGAGUUUCCCGACCCCUCCAACGUUGACUUCAACGCUGUUAUCCACGACUACGUCGAGACCAACAUGUAUGAUCGCAUCUGGGCCGCUCUUCUCUGGAUUGACGGUAAAGCACAAGUAGAGCUGGACGGCUCCCAGACCGACGGGCUUUGUCUGCCAGAAAUCUACGAAUCCCUUGCAUCCCUCACCUUGAACCAGGUAGGGCUCCCUUCGGGUUUUACCACCACAGAGAUUAACUCCAUUUCGAAACACGUGAGGCUAGCCAUUGAAACGUUUAGAGGACUUUCAUGGGCAAACAGCAGCGAUUUGAAACGAAAGGUACUUCUCAAGACGUUUCAUAUCUUGACCACCAUCCCUGCUCUGGGAGUUAAGGACCGUAAGUUGGUUAUCGAUGCAGACACAUUAGUCUCUAUUCUUCAUUUGGUGGUUGUGCACUCACGUGUCCCUCAUUUGCCUGUCCAUAUCACAUACUUGCGCCAAUUUUCGUACAAAGCAGCGCCAAACACCGCAGUAUACUCCUUUUCUGGCUUCCCCGACGACUUAAAUAGCGCCGGAAUGUUCAGCUAUGUGUUGUCCACGGUGGAAGCGGUAGUGUACCAUUUACUGACAGAUUCAGAACACUUACUACUGCUCCAACAGUGCUCAGCCCGCAAUCGUGAACUUUGGAAUCUCAUUGAGUCACAGGACCAGCAAGCAUUGGCUGUGUACAUGGAGAGGGAAAUCCCUGCAGUAUCUGCCGUGCCAUUUUCGGAGCACGCCUUGUGGAGCAGGGACGUUGAGCUGGGAGAUUCGUGCUUGAUGAAGGCAGUUCAGGCCAACGCGGGUUUUUUUCGGGCGUUUUUUGACCACACUGAGACCUUGUUCAUGUUGGAAGACCUUUUGGCCGAUGAAAAUCAUGAGGGCACUACAUUAGUGGUGGCUGCUCUUAGAUCGGAGUGCACAGAGAACGUGGACUUGAUGGUGCAAACCCUUUUUGCAUCCGACUUAACGUCAGCGGAACUAUCGCUCUAUUUCAACCGACACGACCAGUACAACCGCCAUGUGGGUCACUACUUGUUCCAUGACUACCAGUUAUUGGAAUCUUUCCCGGAGAUUGGCGACUUGCUCGACUGGGAGGACAAGGAUAUCAACGGUUCUACCGCACUUGUGGCCAUUUUCCGGAGCUACGACCACCAUCACUACCUGAGGAUGAUUGAAAGCGCCUUGCACAGCUGCUUGCACUGGUACAGUUCACAGGGAAAGGUGUUCGACUAUUCGAAGCAUGUAGACGAUCGAGGCAACACCUUAGUCCACAUUGUCCAGGACGACCUUUCUGGAAUUCUCCGGAUUCUCCGAGAGAGCAAUGCGUUGGGGAUCGAUUUGAACCAGAAAAACCACAAGUCAUUGACCCCGCUCAUGAUUUAUGCCAAGUACAACCGUGCGGCUAAUAUCGGGACGUUGUUGAAGGAUGACAGGAUAUCGAUCAAAGAGAGUAACCGAGACCAUUGGAACAUCUUUGACUAUAUUGUCAAAACUCCAGAGAUCGAAAUGCCCAUCACUGCUCGGUGGUUUGAAACCAAUGUCCCAAAAGUUCACUCUCGUCAAAUUGGCGUCCUCAAUGGGCGGUAUGACACAACCAACAACGAGUGGAAGUUAUUGACCAAGGGUGCCAUUCACGAGAAAGCCCACACUACCAUGUGGUAUAGCAAGUACAACCAAGAGUCUACCUUCCGGUUACUUAUGGACUUGUUCCGUCGUGAGUUUGUAUGUGGGCUUGUUAUGUCGCCAGACGAGGUGCUACAGAACUUUCCGGUGAAAGGUGGGGGGCCUUCGGCGAAUGGCAAUGUCAUGCCAUUGCUGUUUAAAAAGAUCCGUGUGGAUCGUCUCAUCGACCAGUUGAACAAGUGGUUUGUCUUUAUCAGCUUUAACGAGUUGCUCAUGGAGCACGAACUUCUAUGGGAGUUUGUUAUCUUACCGGACUUUCCAGAUAUGCGAGAGUCUCUCGAGGCUCGUAUUGAUGAGAAGGUGGCCAACGGGAUUGACAUUUACAAGGACAGGGUGUUUCUGGUGCAGGAAAUCAACGCGGUGGAGGUAUUCCUUACCUGUUCAUGCCUUGAGCUAUCGAAGCAGGCCAAGUUUUUUGAACGACUUUACCGCGUGGCCACCUUUAGCUUUUUGAAGCACCGGGACUUGCUUGCGUCUGAGUCCGAACUUAUACCCGAAAGUUUGGUGGGAGUGCCAUUUGUACUCACGCAAUUACAAGAUACCUUGGACGGUGUCAACAAACGUGACCUUUGCUCCCCGCAGUGCCAAUUGAAGGAGUACAUGUUGCUUUUCAAGCAACUGGUGGAGGAACUCGCUGGAAAAAUGCACGUGUCGCUCAAGCGCAUCAACGAGUGGUGGGCCGUUCACCGGUUGAUCACCGCAAACAACAAAGAAUUGCUUAGAUUGGAAGGACUUAUGAAGCCAGAGAUAGCCCUUUCAGUGAGCCCGAGGGAGGAGGAGGAGGAAGAUGCCGACGAUAACGCUACGGUUUUCACCACCUUGUCAAGCGAGAGCGCCCUCAUGCCGGGUUCAUUAAUGCCACAGGAAACGGCACAUGGUUUUGACGAGACCGCACCGCUGUCAGACACCCCCACCUCCGUGCAAGUAGAAACGCACUUGAGCAAAGUGGCCUCGACUGCCUCGGCGCUACUGUUCUUUGUCAAGAUUGAAUCGAAACAUGACAAGUACAAACGGUUGUUGGUGACGCGCAGCACCUUGACGACCACUAUCAUGGCUUUGAAUAAACGGAUUGCGUUUGAUCAGGCAAGUUUUGGAACCGAAUUAAGGAACUUGAAGGCCAUGAGGGAAGGUGUUAUGCGGUUUGCCAUGACCCAGUUUGCUCAGGAAUCGGUUCGGGUACAGAAAUGCCGCUUGGGGGGGCUACGAGAGAGUUUGGAGAAGUUGAGAGGCUGA